AUGGCUUCCAGUUUGGUAUCAUACACCAUAACUUAUAGGAAUCAAGAGAAAAAUCAGCUGCAUCAGAAGAAGAAAGGUGCAGGGGAAGGGUUUGUCAAAGCUGUAGUUUUAUCUUCAGCAGCAAGUUUAAAAGCCAAAGCCUGCCUUCCCUGUUGCUUAGAUGUGGAGUACAUGACCCGCAAGUCACCAGGUGAUGAGAAACUUAAUCCAGUAUACAAUUGCUGCUUAGCUUCAAAACACUGUAGUACCCUUCAUCUCCCGGAUGGGUCCUCAGUUUACUGCAACUGAGUUCGAAAGGAGAGGUCCUGCUAUUUAAUGAUUUUACCAUGCAAAACAAGACCAAAAAUUUAUAUUUAUUUGGAGUUAGAAUA